CUGCCUAGCUACUAUUUUAUUUACGUGGUUCUACGAAGUGUCAUUCUGAGGGCAACGGCAUAUAGCUGUAGCGUCCCAAGGAGGUGACCUUUGGUGACAAAAUCCUUAGUCUAACAGUUCAUUGCUCGAUGGCUCUGCCACCUCCGGAUCCGCAGUUUGUUCUCAGAGGUGCCAGUGCUGCAGUCCACACUCUGCAUUUUUCCUGUGGCAGCCAGGAACCUGAUGUCCCCAUUCUUUUCUCUGGGUCUGAGAAUGGGUUUGUCCAUGUCUGGAACCUGAAAACACACAGAGUGGACACAGCACUGGAUGGCCAUGGAAGAAAAUCUGUCUACUGUGUGGAGACAAUGGGUGGUAAAGACAGGCUCCUCAGUCAGGGUCGUGACCAGAGGAUCUGCUUGUGGGAUUUAGCAGAGGGACGGACUUCAGUGGCGGAUUCUGUCUUCACGGAGAAUGUGGGAUUCUGCAGAUGCUCUCUGUUAAAGGUGGCACAGGGACGCUGGCUAAUGGCCAUGGCAGCCAAAGCCCUGGAGGAGGUUCAGGUUUUGGAGCUGCCAUCCAAGACGUCAGUCUGUACCUUGAAGCCAGAGGUGGGUGCCAAGCUGGGCAUGCCCAUGUGUCUGAAGUUAUGGCAGCUCAACUGUGGUUCACAACCUUUGCUUCUGGCUGGCUAUGAAGAUGGAUCAGUGGUCCUUUGGAAUUUGUCAAUGGGAAAAGCGUUGAGCCAACUUGUUUGCCACCAGGAGCCAGUGAUGAGCCUUGACUUUGACUCGGAGAAGGCCAAGGGGAUCUCGGGCUCAUCUGAAAAGGUGCUUAGCAUCUGGAGCCUCAAUGAGCAACAGAACCUCCAGGUUUACAAAACACACAAACUUGUCAACGCUGGCAUAUCUGAUAUCACCAUCCGUCCAGACAAAAAGAUUUUAGCAACAGCAGGGUGGGAUCAUCGCAUCAGGAUCUUUGGCUGGAAAAAACUGAAGCCCUUAGCAGUGCUGGACUACCACACAGCAACGGUCCAUUGUGUGUCCUUCUCAGAUCACAAAAACCCCAGUGAGAGACUGCUGGCAGCUGGCUCAAAAGAUCACCGCAUCAGUAUCUGGUCAAUAUAUACUCAGACGUGACAUGUUCUGCACUGUCAUGGACUAGGAAAACAGGAUUGGUGAAGCAAUUCUUUACACUGUAAUUCAAACCUGGAUGUGGGGAAGUAGCAGAAUGUAUUUCCAGGCUGACGUGAGAGUCCUAGGUUAAUUUUUAUGCUGCUUGUUCAAGCUGCGAGUUUUGUUUUCCAGAGAGGGAAGUGGAUUUUUAAAAUUCGUAACAAGCAGAGCAAGGCCAGUCACAAACGAAGACAUAGAACAAGUCGCUUUGAGUUCUGCUACAGGUUUUGCAAGAGCUUUUCUUUGGCAGGUUGCUUAAAUAACUUGUGCCAAUAUCUUCUUUUGUGAAAAAGGACUGGAAUCCCUCAGACUGCUGUGGGGGCAGAAUACGUCUGUUUGUAAGUCAUUAUGUAUCCAAGAAUCUGAAUCAGUGUAAAAUAUCGCUCUUUCUUGAAAAUUUAUACCCAUUAAACCACCUCCAGUGGUUUCUCA